AUGCCAACAAUUCCGGUGGAAAAUGACAUCGAAUUUGAGAUUAAGCCUACUAUCAAAAAAACCUGUGCACGUUGUAAGGAAUCAAAUAGGUGCGUCAAGUUGGUCUGUUCAAGAAUCCAUAGAUUGGAAGAAUUAGUAAAGAAUAUUGUGAAAACUACCGAAAAAAGUGCGAUGAAUGUAAAUAAUAAUAACACUUUGAUCAAGCAGGAACGACAACCCCCUUCCCUGAUCUCACAGGUAUUCGUAACCCAACCUUUGCAAUUACCGACUCCUCUUCCUUCCCCAAUUCAAGUCUUCUCAAGUCCUCCCAAUUUCACAAGUAGUGAUUUUUCAAAUUAUAGCUUGGAAGAAUUACAAAAGGUCGUGUCGGCCAUAACCAACACAAUGAAUGGGAGCGGUUGCGUUAAACCAAAUGCUAUUCAAGCCUUUAAUCCUUAUAAUUAA